UUGAUGAUAAGUCUCUAUUGGAAAGGUUUCUCCUUGGAUGCCCACUGGUUGAGUAUGUGAAGAUAUCAUACUGCAGUUGGAUGGACAAACUUCUCUCUGUCCCGAACUUACCUGAAUUGAAGGAUUUUGAGUGUUUGUUCUGUGAUAUGGUUGACAUUAUUCAAAUCAAUGCAGCUAAGCUUCGUACUUUCUCAUUUGCGACAUUGAAAGAAGUCAAAGAACUUUGGCCAUUGACCAUUGACUGGACAGCCUGUGCUACAGCACUGAAGGAGUUGAAGAUAUAUGCGAAUGGUGCCGCUGACAUAGAUAUGUUAGAGACACCGAUAUCUCAGCUUCUCUUUCUUGAAACAUUGGAUAUACGCGGCUGCAAAAGUUAUGCGGGUUUCAAGAUCUCAAACCAAAAUCUCAAGAGAUUGAUCUUUAGAGAUUGCAGUCACAUGUCAGCUACUCAACUUGAUGCUCCAAAGUUAGAGUUGCUUGAAUUCAACAACUGCGAUAAACCUUUUCUUCCUUGCAAUGCCUCGAACAAACUUCAGAUUCACUUUAGUUUGUUCUUUAGAGGACAUUCAAUUGAGUGGCUUUUGCGAUUGAAGUAUUUUCACAGGACGUUAGAGCAUUGGGAAGAUUUGAAACUGAUCGUCUAUCCUGAACAUCAGAUGAAGAUUACGGAUGAGCUGCCAAUCAAGGACAUGGCUAUUCAUGACAGACUGAGUAGGUUUGUACUAGAAAAGGCCAGGGAACUUAGCAGUAGUCCGGGCAAAGACCAGAGGCUAAUCAGUUGCGAGCUGGAUACCUCUGAAGCAGUUGACUAUCCACCGGAUCCAAGCGCAGAAGUCUUUAAUGUGAAACACUCGAGUCCUGGCAGCAAGGCUUCUAAAAUAACAUUCUUGUGGAAGUAUGAUGCUUCCCAACAAAGGUUCCACAUACAGCUUGACUCGCUUUGGUUAACACUCUGCUUAGCAAGUUGUCAUAUCCAUAUUGUUGGAGAUGGAGGAGCAACGGCAACUCUCCCAAGCAUUUAUAUCAAUUUCACAUUGUUUCCGGGAGCUAAUCAUGUCACGGAUCAUUUAUCUAAGAGGGCUUCUCAUAGCUAAGCCUUUCAAAUUUCAUGGAUUUUGGAUGUCUCACAAUGAUUUCCCUCGGCUACUUCAUAAGGCAUGGCGUACUGAAUUUCAAGGUGACCCUAUGAGGACUUUCUGUUUGAAACUGAAAGAGGUAAAGACGGCAUUAAAAGAGUUAAAUAAGAAAGAAUUCUGGGAUAUCUCUGCCAAAACUAUUCAUGCACAAGAGGCUCUAUAGUCUGCUUAAUUGGAGUUUAGUUCAUUGUAGUAGUACUAUUGUAUUGCUUAAUUGGUUGUAGAAGUACUUUUGUGUUGCAGAUUCCUCUGCUCUUGUGUACAUUCAUGUUCUAUUCAAUAAAAUCCCUUUUUACGUAAAAAAAAAAAAAUCUUCUCAUAGCUGAUA